AUGGCGGAAGGAGGGAGCGCUCAAGGUUCGACUGUUGCCAAGGAGACAGAGGCGCCGACACUGAGCCGAGUGGACAUCCAGCGCUACUCUCGCCAGCUGGUUUUGCCGGAGCUGCGCAUGCGCGGCCAGCUUCGCCUCUCGGCCUGCUCUGUCCUGGUGGUGGGCUGUGGAGGCCUGGGUUGCCCGCUGGCCCAGUACUUGGCCGCAGCCGGAGUGGGCCGCUUGGGACUGGUGGACCACGACGUGGUGGAGCUGAGCAACCUCCACAGGCAGGUCCUGCACCGGGAGAGCCGCCUGGGCCUCUCCAAAGCCGAGUCUGCGGCCUCCGCCUUGAGGGAGCUGAACUCCUCAGUAGAGUGUGAGGCCUACACUUUGGCCCUCAACCCUUCCAAUGCCACUAGGCUGGUCGAGGCCUACGACAUUGUGGCCGACUGCUCCGACAACGUGGCCACCCGCUACUUAGUCAACGAUGCCUGUGUGAUGGCGGGGAAGCCUUUGGUGUCCGCCAGUGCCUUGAAAAUGGAGGGGCAGUUGGUGGUCUACAACCACCGAGGAGGCCCGUGUUAUCGCUGCCUGUUCCCCAAGCCACCUCCGCCUGAGACGGUCACCAACUGUGCGGAUGGCGGCGUCUUGGGGGUUGUUCCCGGCAUCCUGGGGUCUCUCCAGGCGUUGGAGGUGAUCAAGAUCGCCUCGGGCAUGGGCACCUCCUUUGACCGCUCAAUGCUGCUCUUCGAUGCCCUCGAAGGACGGUUCCGGCACAUUAAAUUAAGACCCAGGAAUCCAGAUUGUGCCGUAUGUGGGGAGCAUCCCUCUGUGAUGGCCCUCCAGGACUACGAAGCCUUCUGCGGGUCUUCAGCGACAGACAAGUGUCGCACAUUGCAUCUCUUAAAUGGUGACGAGCGCAUCUCUGUUGAAGAGUAUAAAGAGAUACUCGACGGCCAAGCUCUUCAUGUGCUGGUUGACGUCCGCCCAUCUGUGGAAGUGGAAAUAUGCCGCCUUUCACACUCCUUCAGUGUACCCUUAAGUAAACUGGAAGGGAAAGACGAAGAAUGCUUGAAGACUCUGUGCCGGACAAUUACUGAGGCCAAGCAGAGGACGAAUGAUGGCUUGUCUUUCCCAGUUUAUGUUGUUUGCAAAUUAGGAAAUGAUUCUCAGAAGGCUGUGAGACUAUUACAAGGGUUGUCUUGUGAUGGACUAGGCACAAUCUCUGUUAAGGAUAUCAAAGGAGGACUCGUGGCUUGGGCUAACAAAAUUGACCCAGAGUUUCCUCAGUAUUAAUGCUCUGUUAAUAGUAAUAAUGUGAUCUUAAUCUGAAGCUAGUUUGAUAAUUAACUUCUUGAGAAAUCAACAUGUAAGAGAUUUGUUUCUAUUGAAAAUGAAACCUCUUUUAUAUAUAAAAAAUCAAAUAUG